AUAAUCAUAUAAUCAUUAAACGAGUCAGUUACCCAGUUUUAGAGAGUGUAGGCGUUUCGUUACUUGAUAAAAGUUGUCAAUUCAAAUCGUUAAUGGCCUGAUUAUUUUGGGUAGUCGGGGUUUUGUGAGCGUGCAGUGCUAUAUAGUUGAAAGAUGACGACAAAUUCAGGAUUUGUAACAAGGAAAGAGCUCGCGCUCCGCCAUCUUUUCGACAAAAGUAAUUGGAAUGUUUACGACAAGAAAGUUGUGAAUUUGAGUGUUGGGGCGCCAGGUCCAGAUUUGUUACACAAAUGCUGCGAAUUAUUUGAAGAAGCAACAAGUCACAGAAUGGAUAUUGAGUUAAAAACAAAUUCAUUCUUAUUCCAAUAUGGCCCUGCGCCAGGAAGCUAUGAAGUUCGAAUGGAGUUGGCUUCAUUUUUGAGUAAUGCGUAUAGUGACAAGGUCCAUAGUGAGGACAUAGUUGUGACAUGUGGUGCUUCCCAUGGGAUGCAUAUUAUCCUGUCAACGCUAAUCGACAUGGCGGGAUUUGUGUUUGUUGAUGAGGUCACUUACAUGAUUGCCUUAGAUGUAUUCCGACAAUUUUCCAAUAUGAAAAUAAUUCCUGUAUCACUUACCAAAAAUGGGGUAAAUAUCUUUGAACUACGUAAACUGUUAUCCCAACAUCAAUUUAAAUCGAAUACUAAAUUGUUCUGGGGAAUGUAUUAUGCCAUUCCUACAUACCAUAAUCCGACUGGUAUCCUUUUUUCUGACGAAAUCUGUAAGGAGCUGAUUACCUUAGCAAAAGAAUUUGAUAUACUCGUAGCUUGCGACGACGUUUACAAUUUACUAUAUUAUAAAAAUAGUCCGCCAAAACGACUUUACGCCUUUGAUAGUUUCACUGCCGAAGAUUACAGAGGAAACGUUAUUUCAAAUGGAACAUUUUCGAAGAUUAUCGCCCCCGGCAUUCGUCUAGGGUGGAUGGAGUGUCCCCCAAGAUGUGUUGAAAUUCUUAAAGCUAGUGGAAUUUUGCAAAGUGGUGGUUGCACAAAUAAUUAUGUAGCUGGAGUUGUAGCUAGCAGUCUUCAGUUAGGACUUGCUCAAGAACAUAUUACGUAUAUGUCAACGAAAUAUAAAGAACGAAUGCUGUCAGUAUGUGCAGUAUUGCACAGUAAAUUACCAUUAAAUUGUACAUUUAUGGAACCGGCUGGAGGCUAUUUCAUUUGGAUUGAAUUACCAAAGCAUCUUGAUGCUGUCGAAUUCAAUGAGUUCUGUGUCGAAAAAUAUAAAGUCUACGUUAUUCCUGGCGAAAGAUUUUCUGUACACGGAAGAUUUAGGAACUGUUUUCGUAUUUCUAUUGCUUUUCAUACUAAAGAGGUUUUAGUCGAUGCUAUUGAGAAACUGUGUAAAGCUCUGGAGGAAUUUUGUUGUAUAAGUAAAUAGAAUACUUUCUUGAAGGUGUA